GGCCCUUAAAACCCUUCUUUGAAGUUUCCUCUGGCAUUCAUAAAAAAAGACCGACAAAAGAGCGAAGAGAGAGUCAAAUCUCGAAGAGUUGAACGCCAUGGCUCGCGGGCAGCAAAAGCUACAGUCUCAGCAGAAGAACCUCAAGAAGGCAGCAGACAAGAAGAAAGGCCAGGCAGCUGACCAGAAGACCGCAGCAAUGGCCGCCCUGGUCCAUACCUGCCCCGUCUGCCGGACACAGAUGCCCGACCCCAAGACCUUCAAGCAGCACUUUGAGAGCAAACACCCCAAGUCCCCCAUGCCCCCCGAGCUGGUGGAUGUUCAGGCCUGAAUGUCUGCUGACUGGAUCUGAACCAGAUACCCAAUGACCAAGGACAGACAUUGAAUCGCUGCACCUGAAGGAUGUUGAUGAUGGACACUGGGACCCAACAGUAUUCACGGACAUCAUUUGGGGAUGGAGGGGGCUGGGGGCUUGAUAUGUGGAUGUGCUGUGUACGUACAUGUGUGUUUUGUAAGAGAAGACAAUAAGAGCGGGCAGAAGUACACCAGCACCCACUUUUAUAUUUAUUAUGUAAAACUACCUUGCUAAUCCAGGUGGGGGAGGGGACCUGCAAAAUGGCCUGCUAUCACGGAAUAAAACUAAAUGUUGAAUCAGUCAUCUACGUGGACGUGGCACUGCUGUUGAGUUUAAACCCUGUAACUCCAAAUCAUUUGAUUUUCACACAUGUUGCCCCCCCCAUCAGUGCGCACCAUCCAAAAAGAAGGGUUUAAUGACAGAAAGAUCUGAUUGUUUCAUUUCUACUUUUAUUUUUGUUAAUUGUAAAAUGUGGAAUAUGAGUCAGACUGUACAGCUCUGCCUCCUCUGAGCUCCACGGUGUCCACUCAGUAACACCAACUGUACCUCACGUUAAAACACAGCAGAUCUCACUGUUUGUUGUUUAUUUUUCUUCCACUUCAGCUUAUGAUAAUGUCCUCCUCUGAGGGUAUGUUUCCCAACAUCAUCUUGGCAAUAACAGCAUAUUUGUCCAACUUCAGUUAAGACAAGAUUAGCUCUCUGCUCAUUUAUUUGUUCAGCCUUUGGCAGUUUGCUUGUUACAUGUUGAACAAAAUGUUAAUUGACUCAAAGGAUUAAAGAAAAUAGAAAAAUAUAUGCUGAC